AGGAUUGGGUCUGCUAGAUUCGAACCGCAGGGUCACACGUAGCGUAGCAAGAGCUUUAGAAAAUCAGGUUGUCGGGUCAAUAUUUACCCAGAUCGACACGGGUAUACAACAUCCUGUAGAUUUUCUGCCAACGGAUUAUUUAAACCGGUGCGCAGCGCGCAUAUUUGGCACAUCCAAUCAAGAGGUGCCCCAGCAACCCAGUGUUCGAGUUACAAACGAACUAUUUCUCAACGCUACGGAUAACAGCCUGACGUUUUCACGUAAAAUUGAGGAAUUAUUUAACAUGUCAGAGGAAGAACAGCAAACUGGGGGAAGCAUGCCAUUGAAUGAUCAAGGGCCAGGCGGAUCGAAAUCUCACAGUGGUGGACCAAGUUCUGCAGCCAUCAAUGUCGAGCAACUGAGCCGUAUGAUGGCGAUGAUGGCUCAACAAAAUGACAUGAUGGCGCAAUGCAUGAACGAGGUCCGCCACAUGCGAGAUAAUGUAGUGAACCUCAAUAGCAGGGUGGCUGAGGUGGAGACUUCGAUGCAAGGGACUAGGAGUCAACCAGCCAGGGCAUCAACGCCAGAAGAAAGACGCGAGACGUCCACGACAGAGCAUGGCCCUGGAGCAGAAAAACCACCGAGUCAGUCCCACUCACGAAAGGAGGCAAGCUACCGAAAAAAGAUAGAUCUAGAUAAAUGGCAUGUAAAGUUCGAUGGUUCUGCCAAAGGUUUAACUAUAGAAAGUUUUAUUUUUCGGAUAGAAAAGAUGAGGGAGCAAUACGACAUUUCCUACUAUCAGCUAUUUACAGAUUUCCACUGCUUGGUUACGGGCAGCGCCUUAAAAUGGUACUGGCAGGUCCUCGAGGAUCAUGCCGAUGAGCCAGACUUCGGCUAUUUCGAACUAAAGACCGAGCUGCUAAACCAUUUUAAGAGCGCUGAAUCGGAUUACGAAAUAAUCCGAGAAAUAAUGGAGAGGAAACAAGCACCCCAAGAGAGUUUUGAAGAGUUUUAUAGUGAGGUCCACGAUUUAACCUUCCGGCUUAGGAAAAAAAUCCCCGAGCAGGAGUUAGUAGGAAUUAUAAGAGGUAACCUUAAGCCAUAUUUGGCCAACGUAACUUUCGCGUCCCGGAUGGAGUCUCUAGCAGAAUUAAAAUCAGAAUGCAGACGAGCGGAGAAAGUUAUGAGAGAGAAUAGAAGUAGAUCGAAGGCAGUUAAUGAAUUAAAUAUUACAGGGGUUGAGAAAUCUGAGAACUUAGACCAGAAUUAUGUAGAGGCAUUUGGUAGGCCGCACCAUGAUAAACCGCAGCAACCAGUGCAGGCCCGUGAUAAAUUGUCGUCGUCCGUUAGUCCUAAUGUCCAGAAGCCUUCCAUCCGUUCGUUUUGUCCGUCCCCGUUUCACUUAAUGUUGUGUUUUUCGUGUGGUAUGCCCGUGGAUUAUUUUGUUAAGAAUCCGUCAGAAGAAAAUAAGUGUAAAUCGUCUUUCCAUAAUAUGUUGUGUUUCGCGUGCGGCAGUGAUGCGUCAUUUUGUGUUUUCAAGCCGAAUCAGGGAAACGUGAAGGUGGCGGAGAUCUCCGGGAACUCUCGCCAGGGAGCGGAAAACCCGGAGCCAACCCAGUGAGAAUCCUUAGAAGAGAGAAAAGCGAAGAAGUAGUAGAAAAGAGAAGAGCAGAAUUAAGCAGAGAAGCUAAGAGCUUACAUCACAGAAAGCUCGAAUACGAGGAAGCGCGUAGACGUAUAUUCGGCGAAGAACUGGCAAAGGUGAAGAAAAGUAGGAAUUUUAGGAAGAUAGGUAAGAUGAGGGAAAGGAAAAAGAAUCUUCGUAGGAUACGCCGUAAGAUAAUUUCCACAAUAGUCACAGUUAACGGAGAUAAUAGAUUUUUCGCCAAAACUAAAAUCGGUGGACAAGAGGUGCUAGCUUUAUUAGAUUCUGGUGCAGGUGCUAGCUGUUUGGGGAAAAAUGUAAGUAAGCUUCUCGAGGGUAAAGAGCACCUUAUAGUGCCUA